AUGCGCAUCUCCACAUUCACAUCUCCACAUGCGCAUCUCCACAUUCACAUCUCCACAUGCGCAUCUCCACAUUCACAUCUCCACAUUCACAUCUCCACAUUCACAUCUCCACAUACAUCCCACAUUCACAUCCCUCCAAAAAUUCACAUCUCCACAUUCACAUCUCCACAUUCACAUCUCCACAUUCACAUCUCCACAUUCACAUCUCCACAUUCACAUCUCCACAUACGCAUCUCCACAUUCACAUUUCCACAUUCGCAUGUCCACAUUCACAUCUCCACAUUCACAUCUCCAGACUCAUAUCUCCACAUUUACAUCUCCACGUUCACGUCUCCACAUGCACAUCUCCACAUUCACGCGCUGUAUAAUGCAAGCGCUGUUAUUGGCACCAGGGGCUAG